UCAGCCUGCGGUAACCCUGCCUCUCCGGACUCACCGCCGUACGCGCUCGGACUACUGAUAAUCCGCUGAACGAAUAUCGCCAGUCAAGACGUAUUGCAAGUUGUGUUCCGUUCAGUUUAUUUGUGGGAUCAUCGCAAGGAGUCAUGAACAGCGCCUUAAAUGACAACCAUGGAAAGUGCUUGUAUAUUACUUGAACUCUCUGGAAGUUUGCGGAUUUUCAUCUCCAAGUAAAUGGAUUAUAAUUGAGUUUAUUAUUUGGAAGCUGAUAGGAAACCUCGGUCAUAGUGAUACGUGCGUCUCGUUGAGGGUAUGACCGAAUAAUAGAGGAAUGCACUGGCGUGAAUGCGUUUAUUCAUUGCUGCAUGCCAGUUUGAAAACCUUCUGACAUUAACAGUGGAUUUGUGACACCUUGCAUUUGAGUUGAAUACGCGCUGCAUUUUGGCGACCUGACUUACUGCAUGACAUCACUGUGAAUAACGUUGCAUUCUGGCACUCAAAACAUCAGUUGUGGAAACAGAGGAAAUUUGAAUUCCAGCAUAGAUACAUUUAGACAUAAAGAGACUGUUAUUUAUCUCUAAUGAAUCGAAAUGUUUCCAAAUUUGAGUAUUUUAAAUGAGCUUCUGUUCCCAGUUUACAAAUCUAAAAACGUUUUCCAAACAUUCGUUUUUGGUUGUGAGAACGUCAAAAUGUCCAAAUUUCUUAUUCAGCGUAACAUUCCUGAAAUCAUUCUCUCAACUUAAUUUGUAUUAGUCUAACAAACUGGCGUUAGGAUAACUCAUCUGGAAACCUUCUCUCAACUUAAUUUGUGUAACAAACUGACAUUAGCUUAACUCUCCUGGUGUUGUUCUUUUAACUUAAUUUGUACUAGCCUAACAAAUUGGUGUUAGCAUAACUCUCCUGGAAACCUUCUCUCAACUUAAUUUGUGUAACAAACUGACAUUAGCUUAACUCUCCUGGAGUUGUUCUCUCAAAUUAAUUUGUAUUAGUCUAACAAACUAGCGUUAGCAUAACUCUCCUGGAAACCUUCUCUCAACUUAAUUUGUAUUAGUCUAUCAAAUUGGCGUUAGCAUAAAUUUGUAUUAAAAACUUGACAUUUCAGAACAUUGUCACGUUUACACCGUUGUUUAUUUGAUGUAGGACUAAGAACAUUGUGGGAACUUCACUAUCAGCUCAGACAUCAAACAACUAAGAACGUUUACACUAAACGUUUCUCCAUUAAAAUACUAAUAACAUAAGAACGUCUGUUCUUAACAUUGCCUUUACUAAGGUAUAAACAUUUCGACUUGAACAAAGAGGGAACUACAGGUCAUGGGAGAGGCGGCUCCGACCCAAGCCACCCCAAGUGGAUUUGCACCCAUGUUAGGCGUCGGGUUGGGAGGAUCAAUCACGCCAAUCGCCACUUCAAGAGGACCAGUCGUCCCGCAACUCCACAGCGCUAUAGUUGAACGCUUGCGUGCCAGAAUAGAGCUGUGCCGACGGCAUCACUCCACCUGCGAGAGCCGCUAUCAGCGCGGCCAGGCGGAAAACUCGGACCGGGAACAUGAGAGCACACUUCAUCUCUUAAACAUCGUCCAUCAGGGCCCUGGGAACAAGAAAACCAAGGGCAAUAGAUCGGGCUCCCAGCAGCCUCCUGAAUACAACCGUGUGAAUGGUGAACAUAAAGAUCACAGUUCGUCGGAGACAGAAUCCAAAAUUUCUUCCCAAAUAGCACAGGGGCUGAGGAGAAAGAUUGAAGCACAAUCUCCUGGAUGCAAUCCCAAGCAGAAUGGACUCUCCUGUGGGGUCUCGGUAUCCAACUUCAAGCGCCUGCGUAUGGAACCCAACCCAUUUCGACCUGGUUCCUGUGCUAUGGCUUCAGGGCAGUCUCAAAACUUGGUUGGCGAUGCCACCCAGGGUAAUCUGCUUAGAAGGAAGGACACCUUCAUGAUGCCCCAUGGAGUUAGCAGCGAUCUCUUCAACAUUACUUUAAGGGAUAUGAAAAAGGAGCCAACUGAGGUUCAGACCUGCGGCCAGUCAUCGACAGAUCCUGCCAUGUUGACAUUUGAGUUCAAAGAGGAAGGAAAUGGACAGAUCGACCCAGAGCUCCAGGACUUGUUUGAUGAACUCACCAAGUCAGUGCCAUCACUCAAUGAUCUAGAGCUGGAAAAGAUGCUAAAGAUGCAUGAAGACUUUGGUCUGGAUCUGGGCAGACCCAGUUCAGCUGGUGCAGCUCCUCCUUGUAUUCACCUGGAUAAGCCAAUCAAGACAGAGUACUCACCAGAUUUUUGCCAGAUGGCUGGAGGAUCUGCACAGUUAAGAUCGUCCUCUGCUGGACCUUCUUUCUCCAUGGCCAACACAUCUUUAUCCACCUCACCGAUCACUUCAGGUCAGAUGAUUCAUGGUCAGGUACCUACUGGGGGUUCCUCUAGAGUCCUUCCAGCAUGGCCUGAGAUGUCACAUGCUGAGCAGCUGAAGCAAAUGGCUGCUAAUCAACAACAGCCCAACUCUAUGCUUCAUAACCAUCAACAGAGUCAGGCAGAAGGGGUGAGAAACUGGUCUUCAGCAUUGGGUGUUCAUCAAACCCCUACUUCUUUCAAUCAGGAGACCAUUCCCAGUAAUGCAUCCCUUUCUCAGCAGAGAAUCAGCUCUCAGAGUACUGGUCAGGCCAAAGGCAUACCCAACUGCUUUCUCAAGCCGAAUGGAGUCAACCCCUCCCAUCACAUCGACUCAAAGGUUCUCGGCAGUAAGCCACUGCUGCAUUUCAGCCCUAAAGCACCACCUUCUACCACAGGCCAACAGAUGCCCCUUAUGGCUGUUACACCAAACAAAGCAACCAUGCAACAGAAGCUGCCCUCUUCAGCAGGCCAGUCCAUGCACUUUCAGAACUGCCAGCUGCCCAUGCAGCCUUCACCCUGUCUACAAGCUAAGCCCCUAAGUCAAAGGCCUCAACUCAGUCAGCAUGGUGCGGGAAUCAGUUUCAAACUGGCACAGCAGAGACAGUGUAUUUUACCAGGACCUCGUUUACCAGCGAAUGGUCGACCUGUGGAUAUAACUGGGCAGGUCCAACAGCAGAGGUCAGCUGUUCUCAAUUCACUGAAAAACCCAGGCCAGGACCAGAACAUUCAGAGACAACUGGGCCAGUCACAGCACAGCAUCACCGAUACAGAGAAACUGAGCACACAAGAUCAGUUUAAUCGUCAUCUCACAAGACCUCCACCAGACUACAAACAACCACACAAUGGAGUUGGAGCUCAGCAGCCAAGCUUAUACUCAGGCAAUGGGUCAGACCAAAAUGACAUCCGACCCAUGUCAUGCCACCUGCCAAAUGGACAGGCUACCAAGAUGGUAUCAAACUCAGGAAAGCGAAGGUUUCCCCUUGGACAAGACCCUAAUCCAGGACCCACACGGGCUCAAGCUUGCACAAGCCAGCUACAACAGCAACCCAACAGCCUGAUCCAAAUGGGACUUCAGCAGAACAAGACUCAGUUCCAUGGGACAAACAACCAGGGUGCCAAUUUCCAAUCAAGCACUCAGCAUUCCAUGACAGGUGUCAGUCAAGAUGCCAUGCUGGGACAAAGACUGGGUGAUAUGACUUCCAAAAACAACAGGAUGGACACUGCUUUGAGCUGGGUAACUAGUGCCAAGCAGGGUGAGGUGCUAUCAGGGCUGGAUGUCAAAAGGCUCCCCAAUGUAGUAGCACCCCAAAGUGACAGUCAUUUCCCGCCAAGGCCUAUUUGUCCGCCCAACCAGGUGGCACCCCACUCUAGCCUGCUGCCAAUAAACACUGCAAUAAGAGGUUCUGCUCCCAGAUCUAGCCAGGCCAGAAUACCCCCACUACCUGGGGUGACUUGCCUGAAUCAGUCCUCUGCUGAACAGCAAGGAUGCCCGACCACAUUUGCAGGGAUGAUCCAAAGCCCAGCAACCUAUCAGAACAACCAGGCAGGGCGGCUGACCUUUGACUUCCUACAGGAGGACGAUAAUACGGUACCCGGGAUCAAUGCAGACUCUGAUUUUAUCGACUCCCUGCUAAAAUCAGGUUCAGGCAAUGACGAUUGGAUGAAAGACAUUAAUCUGGAGGAAAUUCUAGGUGGUCAUUCGUAAACAGACUCAAAGUGCGAGAAUUUUGUCACAGAAUUUUGCUAGAAUCCGGAAGUGAUAGGCCUUUUAAAAUAUUUUAUUACCUUAGUGUUUGUGUGGAAAACACAACUGUAUUACUAUAUUGUUGGGUUGGUUUUUCAUAUCAUCUACUAACAUAUUGUAAAGUUUCAUGUUCAUGGUGUCUUAAAGGGAUCACCCAAAAAUGAAAAUUCUCUCAUCAUUUACUUGCAAUCAUGCCAUCCCAGGUGUGUAUGGCUUUCUUUCUUCUGCUGAACAUAAACAAAGAUUUUUAGAAGAAUAUUUAAGCUCUGUAGGUCUAUUCUCUGAUAUAUGGAUCUUUUUUCUUCAGGAUCAUGGGUAGUGUACUUAGUGUACUAGUGUACACCUGGAAUUCUGCUAUUAAACAUUUUUAUUUUUGUUGUUUUGAUGAAGUUGAAAUAAUGCAGACUGAUGGGUUUAACACAAGCAAAUACCAUUGAUUAACAACUCACUUUAAGUCUGUCUUUAAGGUUUUUGUGUUAUUGUUAAAAAUCUGUUUGUCUAUGGAGAAAAUGAAUGGGAUUUUUACUUCUAGAACCAGACUUUCUAGUUCCUACUGUUCCACUUAACAUGAAAAAUUCAGAUCUGUUUUGACUAUUCACUCUUAAAUGACACAUCAAUGGAAAAUAAAAAAGAGCCAUUUUUAAUUAAAAAAAUGGUUUCAUUUUGUAAUAUGUUUAAAAGAAUAAAAUCUGUUAAAGGAAUCUAAUGUGUACUCAGUUAGAAUACUAAAAUAUACUGAAUAUAAAUACAAUAGGUCAACAUUUCUAAAGGCACAGUAAGUUUUAAAAGGUCUUAUUUGUAAUAUUCUAUUUAUGCAUCUGUACAUUUAUCCAUCAGUAUAUGAAAUAUGUUUUCUAUUUCUUUUCUAUAAUUCUUCCAUAUAUGUGUAUAUCCUAUUGUCAGUUUAGUCUUUGAUAAUAAACUUCAUCAAUAAAGAAAGUUUUUAGCACA